AUCAAUAAAAAUAAUCCUUCUUCACUAUACUCUCACCAUGGCGGACGUAGAAUACGAUAUAACGGCCGGGCAGCCGAAGAAGAGGACGUUCAAGAAGUUCAGUUUCAGAGGCAUCGAUCUCGAUGCACUCCUCGACAUGCCUACUGAUCAACUCGUCAAGCUCUUCAGCGCCUGUGCUCGGAGAAGGCUCGGAAGGGGUUUGACGAGGAAGCCCUUGGCUUUGAUUAAGAAGCUCCGCAAAGCGAAACUUGAGGCCCCAGCCGGCGAGAAGCCAGAGCUAGUGAAGACUCAUUUGAGGAACAUGAUUAUUGUUCCCGAGAUGAUUGGCAGUGUAAUCGGAGUUUACAAUGGCAAGACAUUCAAUCAGAUUGAAGUAAAGCCAGAGAUGAUUGGGCACUACCUGGCAGAGUUCUCCAUCUCUUACAAGCCUGUCAAGCACGGUAGGCCGGGUAUUGGUGCCACCCACUCCUCAAGGUUCAUCCCUCUCAAGUGAUCUGUCACACCCUUCGAAUUUUAUGCUUUCUUUUGCAUCUCUGCUCAACCCAUGAAUGUGAGAGGACCCUACUAGUUAUUCU